GGGAAAGAAGCAGAGGAAGAAAAUAGUCGUGUUUAUCAACAAAACUGAAACAUAAAAACCUCAGCAGGAAGACAGAAGCUACAACUUUAUUAUAUAUGUAUAAAACAACCGUUUUGUUUGGGGUACGCUUAACUGACAAACAGGAACUAAUUAGCGUGUCAGCAGGCGGUGGACGAUGUCAGACGGUAACCAGCAGUCACGGACGCUAGCUUUUGGAGAUGGCGAUAAGGAAGUGGCUCAGCGUGACCAGCGAUUUAAACCGAACGCGUCCGCUUCCUCCAGGUUUCUGCAGGUUGAACUGGAGCUGAACGCUCACCUCCGCCGGCUCACCUUCGGCGAGCCGGUGCGGUUCAUCUACAACCCGCUGGAGUACGCGUGGAACACGCACCGCUGCUACGUGGAGAAAUACUGUGGAGGCGGACAAAGGAUCCUCUUUCUGGGGAUGAACCCCGGACCAUUCGGCAUGGCACAGACUGGGGUCCCAUUUGGUGAAGUGAGGUCAGUGGUUGACUGGCUGCAGGUCACCGGGGAGGUCGGUCAUCCUGAUGAAGAGCAUCCAAAGCGACAGAUUACAGGACUUGCUUGUACUCGGAAGGAAGUGAGCGGUGCACGUUUUUGGGGAUUCUUCAGAAAGUUGUGCGGCGAACCCGAGCUCUUCUUCCGCCACUGCUUUGUGCACAACCUUUGCCCGCUGAUCUUCAUGAGUGCCACCGGGAAGAAUCUGACUCCCCCUGAUCUGCCCGCAGCUGAGCGGGAGGCUCUGCUGAAACUCUGUGACAUUGCGCUGUGCCAGGCGGUGGAGGCACUUGGCGUCUCCAUGGUGAUCGGGGUUGGGAGAGUGGCAGAGCAGCGAGCGCGGCGAGCUCUCUCUGCUGCGGGUGUCAAUGUGCGAGUCGAGGGCAUCAUGCACCCGUCACCUCGAAACCCACUGGCCAAUAAGGGCUGGGAGGGCGUGGCCAAAGCCAAACUGGAAGAACUGGGUGUCUUGUCGCUGCUGAGCAGCACGUGAGCCAAUCAGGGCGAAGUGUAGGCUGACACUUCACUCUCAGAUACACUGAACCAUUAAGAGCUGGUUUUACAGUCACACUGUAAACACAUCAGCUAACAUCUGUCCGUCUGAGAUGGUUUUCUUUACACUGAAGUGGACAAACUAUAGAUUUUUAUCAAUUCAUUUUAUGAGUAUUUCUACACUAAUGUCACUUAACUUGUGAUUUUUAUCAAAAAAGGCUCUGUGUGUUUGAUUUUG